AUGGCCACCCUCGAAGAUUAUUGCUCCAUUCGAGGAAUUGUUCAUCAAAAGCCAAUCCGAAACUCGUCCGUACAGAAUGGCAUGGCUGAAAAAUCUCCAAGUACUAUUGAAGUUAUAUCCAAGAAACUACGUUAUCAUCUGUACCUUCCUCCGUCAUUCCGGACCUUGUCCGUUCAAUGCGGUGCAUUUGUUCACAACCAUCUCUCAUUCAAUUCCACGGCACCAUCCGACACACAAUAUGGUGCUCAACCCACGACUUAUGAUUCAACAACUUCAAUUUAUCAACCGGGUCCUGAGGCCGAGAAGUGGGAUCCCAUUGUAAAGCGGUUCAAUGAUGUCCAACAACCUACUACUGAACCGCAGCUCAAGAAAGCUAAAAGUGAAUCUGGUCCAGUACCAGUUGAAAAAUCAAUGACAACAAUAGUGGUGAUGAAGACUAUCCACGGUUAG